AAUUAGUCAACAUGCAACACGAGUAAAGAGUUGUUGAAUUGAAUCCUACGAUGAAGAUGUGUCGUGUUUGCGUAGCUAACGUGGUUGGAAUAUUUAAACCCAAAGUGAGGGAGUCAAAACGUGGACAUGUGAACAACCUUAAACAUGGAGAUCUGUUAAACAUUGUUAGCAACUAUUCCUAUAAUUAAAGUUAGAUUUCUUCUAUUUUUUUUUCAAUCACAAGUUAUGACUUUUAUACUAUUUAAUUGUUUCCCCAAAGUUUUCGAGAUCCUUAUGGUUGACUAAGAGAAAGUAACAAUAAAGAUGUUAAAGCUUAAAAUGAAAAAAAAAUCCUGUUAUAGUGUUAACGCAACCCAUACAAGUAUGGGUCAAACCGAUUAGCACUGAAACGCCCGCAUCUUGAACACGUACUACGAAAGUUUGUCAGCGGUGUAUAGCUCCAGCUACCGGGUGUUCCCGCUAAUGAAAAAGGAAGAUAUAUUGUGCGGUAGUUGUUGGAAAUAGGUCUCUGAAGGUGGUACACUCAUAAUAAUAAUAUUUUCACUCAUAAUUUCUUAAUAAUGUUUAAGAAGAGAAUAAACUUGAGACAGAACGACAUUGCCCUAUAAUUAAGGCUCUAAAUCAAUACCUCUAUCUUUCUAGGUCUCUAUCUGUCUAAUUCUUUAUCUAUCUCGUUCUCUAUCCUUUUUUUCUGCAUAAUAACCCAAACACCAAGUUGUCUGUAAAUGGAACAUCUUUCCUGUAAGUAUAUUCCAGUAAGUAUAUUCCAGUAAGUAUAUACCAGUAAGUAUAUUCUAUCCCGUCUAAUUAAUCAUCCUUACAGAUAUUUCAAGGCGUCUGUAGUUCGGUACCUGAGAGGCCAUCACAAGAAUGAUGAAGAUUUGUGUGCAAGUCUUAUUUUUAUUGAUUGUCUUGGAAGGCAUCAGUAAGUAGGAACUUUGCUUUUUUUUAAAAUAUAAUUUGAGGGUGGGAUAUCUAGCCAUAUAAUUGAGCGGUGAGAUAUCUAGCCAUAUGAUUGAAGAGUGGGAUAUCUUGACAUGUGAUUGAAGACUGUUGUAUCUAGCCACGUGAUUAAAGAGGGACAAAAAUAGAUGUCCAUAUAUUUGAAUCAUUAAGUACAUAUUUUCUUAUCGCAUUUUAUCUUUUUUCUGCAACAAAUAUAACUUAAAACUAGUGUAUUGGGCACUUAUGAAGAGUUAGUACCUCUGAUUGGGCAGCAGUCGCACCCCUUUAGGGUAGCUAAUCAAUCUGUGUUCCUGUUCUCAGCUGAUCUCAGCUGUCUCUCCAAGAAGGUGUAGCAUGCGCAGAGGAAACACGACGGACAACGGCUUCGACUAGCCGGAAAAAACAGGUUGAGAGUAGUGAAGGGAUGAAAUCGAAUAUUCGGUAAAAAGGGCUUGUCCCCCACAGCAUGUAAACAGAGGAUCCCGUGAAAUGCGCGGAGGAACCAAUAUUUGGUCAACGAGCAAAAAGCGGACACAGCAAGGUGAUUUGAAUCUUGUAGAGCGUGGAACAACACGUAAAAUGCCAUGUCAUCCCCUGCACCCAAUCCCGAGCCCCGCAGUUUCGAUAUCGUCCUGCUGCUGGGCCCAAGGGGUACUUGGCGAGAAAGUGAGCCUGACGACUGAUGCGAUUCUUCUUCGUACAAGUCACGGCGCGUGUCGCUUUAGUCAUCAUUCAUUCCAUCAAAGUCUUCAUUAAAAUUCCUGUGGCGAUGGGCAAGCGCCGGGGUCGUUCAUCGCUGACAGGAAGCAUGAAGUGGUGUCCGGCAGACCCCAGAGUCACUGAGAAGCCCUCUUUAGGAAUACACUGCUCGCCUCCAUUAAAUGAGAAAAGGGUUAGAAAAGCUACCCUAAACAUUGUCUGCUCCACUCUUCCUUUUCAAGCCUAAUACAGUUCGGGGUUGGACCCUGUCUAUGCGGUCAAAAAUCCAAGCAAAAGAUUUGUUAAAAAAAUCCCUCUAAAAUCACUUCUUGGAAUGUGAGCACGCUUCAGGGUUAGGAAGAGGCGGACUGAAAGCAGAACAGCCCCUAUAUGAAAUGAUCUGGCCAGGUGGACAUUGUAGGGCUAUGCGGAUAGACGUGACCUGAAAAUUGUUUACUCCACUCUUGAAGUGGUUUACGGCCCCCACUUGAUCAGGAUCAUCCCCACUUCUGAGUGCUGGGGAGAAAUGUCUAAUCACUGAGAAGAAACAAUUAGUAGUGGACGCGGAGCCUUAAUUUUUUUUUUACAAAGUUCUAAUUUGACCUUCAAUUUGACCUUCAAUUUGACCUUCAAUCUUCAAUGUUGAAGACAUAUAUCAUCUCACCCAGGUGUAACUCAAACACUAAAUGGAAGACACCUUUAUUCUAACCGAGACUCAUCAAGCUAUAUGUCUCCUUUCGAAUGGCAAAAGCUCAGCCCCAGGUGAUGACUAGAUCCCAUCUGAAAUAUACAAAAAAGGGGACACAACUCUGGUUGAAAUGUUAAACCCGCUGUUCCUACUUAUGUGGCAGCAAGAGAAGACUCCACAGGAUUUCAAGGAUGCAUCUACUGUUCACCUGUACAGGCUUUAAGGGAACCGCCAACUUUGCGACAGCCUCCAUUUAUGUAAACCUGACAAAGGCUUUCGGCGGUGUUAGUAGAGAAGGUCUUUGGAGGAUCAUGGCCGAAUAGGGUUGCCCCCAGAAAGGUCAUUUCAGUGGUACUGUAAUGCCAUGAUGGUUUGCAAGCUAGGGUUCUGGAAAAUUUGGGAGGGAUCUAAACCUUUACCCUGUGACAAGUGGCGUCAAACAAAGGCGUGUCCUGGUCCCAACAUAUUUCAUUCUAAUGUUUUAAGCCAUCCUGACUCAUGCCUUCCGAGAGAGAGAGAGAGAGAGAGAGAAAGAGAGAGAGAGACAGAGACAGAGAGAUAGAGACGAAGAUUGUGCCCUAAAGGCUGGAUCAGAAACGGAUAUUCAACGCGGUGUUUCUAAUUUCAGUAAUGCCUGCUCAAACUUCUGUCUCACCAUUAACACAAAAAAAAGACCGACGCCCUGUACCAGUCAGCUCCUCGGAGUCCUUGUGUUGAGCCCAAAUACUCCAUGCAACAUGAAGCAAGCGAACAGCCGCUGUAGAGCACAGAAGUCAUGCGAGACGAUCCCGAGUUAACUCUGCGCCUGGAAUGUCCCAUCCAUCCCCUGCAGUUAUUGCACCGGGAACAUUCCAUGGCCAAAAUUGGUCUCAUCGGUCAUCUGCGCAUACAAAGCCAAGUUCGCAAUCAGCACAAACGAUGCUUAAGUUGUUCGUGCUCGAUGUCCAUUAUAUAAUAUCAAGUACAUAAAGUGCAUGCAGUUGAUUGAUGCCGUACAUUGAUGUACUGCCUAAAUUGUCUGUCCGCCUGUCUACAGACCCAACACUUACGGGUGUGUUUUGUAGCUGCAACUUGCACCUCAAAGCUCUCUACGCUCGUUCCCGAAAUAUUUUUUAUUGAUUUUUAUUUCAAGUCACGGUUGAUUCGCGACUGCGAAAGUCAAUUUCUUUUCAACUAAGUUUCUUUUUCUAUGUCACUUCUUGUGUCCCACUCAUUUAAAUAAAGUUCAGUCGCUAUUUUUUUUUUUUUUUUUUUUUUUUUUUUUUUUUUUUUUUUUUUUUUUUUUAUGGUUUUUUUUUUUUUUUUUUUUUUUUUUGCUGUUUUGCUUUGUUCUAUAUUUCAAGGGUUCUCAUAUCUUGAUAUUAAUAUUAUCCACCAAAUUAGUCAUAAGAAAAAUCAAUUGAUCAUUAAAAUAAUUGUUUACAUGCUCCAUAAUUGCAUAAAUCAUCUCGAUUUCCUUUUGAACGACAACGUUGAAACAUGGGGCUACUACAUGGGCCCUUUUAUGUAUCCUUUCAACACCAUGCAUGGAGUUGAUCUCCUAAUAGUAACUAGGCACAAUUUCACAAAUGUAUAGCGCUGAAAACCUAACCUAAGCCAUGUCCAUUAAUUCCAUUCACACAGGUCAAGCCGAGGGAGCUUCUAUAUCUAAUUUCCACAAGUUAAAUGUUUCGGGACAAAUCUAUUUGGUUCCUAGCGACAAACAGAAUUAUAAAUCGGCCAUUAACUCCUGCGCAGAGAUUCAGUCUAAAUUGGCAACAUUCUCUACUUCAAGUGAAUAUGACGUUGUGUGCAAGCGAAUUAGGGAAAUGUCAAAGAAGUAUAGGUUCUAUAAGAAAAACAAAUUUUGGAUCAAUUUUCUUGAGAAAAGAAUAAAUAAAAAACCGUCUUCAAAAUUCAACAAUCAAUAUUGCACACGGAUAAGCUCUUCGGGGUUAAGCGACAGAGAUUGCUCAAAUUCGUAUUCAUUCCUGUGUCAGUGUGAAUUGAACUGUACCGAGCUAUACACCCAGACAACGGAUGACAUCACCGAAGACAACUCUUCAUGCCCACCAGGUUUAGUGCCCGCAUCUGAUGUCGACAGUACGUGUGUGGAUGAGGACGAGUGCCAAGAUGACCCCUGCGACCAAAACUGCACUAACACGUUUGGCUCUUACGUCUGCGGGUGUCCCGGCGGCUUCAGGUUAAAUGCCGGUGACAACAGCACCUGUGAUGACGUGGACGAAUGCCUUGAGAACGCCACGCUAUGCGAACAUGACUGUUCUAACGUCCCGGGCUCUUACCUCUGCUACUGUCCUCUCGGUUACAAGCUUGCCGAAGACGGCUGGUCCUGUCGAAAGUCACCGAGGUUUAAGAGCUGCGCCUGCUACUGCUCCAGAGGGAAUACAUAUAAUUUUUCUGAACGGUUAGCGAUGGCGAAGACGAGUCUGGACGCAGAGAAUAAAACGGAGGCGAUACGCUACAAGAAGAGCUUGUCGUCGUUUCGUCGAGCUGUGACAUGCGCAAAGGAUGAGAGGAAGGAGGCCUCGGCUGUUGGAAGUCUGGGAAUUGUUUUGAUGGUUUUGUGUGGGUGCGCCAUUAUCGGACCGGAUGUUGCCAGCGCCAUAUUUUUCCUGGUAAAGAAAUUUGCCAAAAGUGAAUAAUGGCAAUGUUAUUAUUUUUUUUAAAGCAACAAAGGUCCAAAUAUCGUAAUCGUUAAAAAUUCAGAAAUAAACUUUAUUAAAAGUUUUACGUUACUCUCAACUGUAAGAUUGUAAAUUAUAUCUGUAAAACAAAUUUUAUGUCUAUAAUGCCACUUUCAUCAAAAGGUUGAAUCCAACAAAACCACGAAGGUUUCAGCAUUGCAAAAGUGAAACUAAGAUUAUUAUAUCAUUAUAAUUAUUAUUUUAAAUGGUGGCUUAUUUUUAGGGUAGAAAAAACACUUUAGAUGUGUUGUGUUUAAAUUGUUGUAAUUUUUUUUUUUAAUUGUCUCGGCUAAAACAUGUAGCUGUUUAUGUGCUGAAGAUGAAUAUGCACAAUGUGAUUGUAAAAAAACACAAUUACUUUGAUCCAAAGGAAAAUAAAAACAUCUUAUCUUGAAAGUAAAUUUGAUUGGAUAUAAAUAGAAAAAUUGCGAAAAACGUAUGGUCAGUUGAAAACUAAAGUUGUUUGAUACUAUAUCAUGCCUGGCUACCAAGUCCAGUAGUUUUCUUAUGUUAAAAUCUAUAUUUAAUUUUGUGCCAAAUUGAAUAUGUCCAAUGUAAUAAAAAAAAUUCCAGUUAUUUGG